CCGCUCGCUCUGCAUACUGACGUAGAGUCUGUUCCUGUGGGCGGGUCCGGCUUCUUCUGCGCAGCUCCGGAAGAAGCGCUGUUAGACGGCGUGCUUCUCAGCAGGGACUUCCGGUCGCGAGCUGGUGGAGAGUCAAGGUCUGUUCCGCAGAAGCAAACAACAAUGGCAAAAAGCUUAAGAAGCAAAUGGAAGAGAAAGAUGCGAGCAGAGAAGAGGAAGAAAAAUGCCCCCAAGGAACUUGCCAGGUUGCAGAACAUCCUGAAAAUGAACAGUGACAUUGUAAUGGAUGAAGUGAAAGAUAUUGUAACUGUUGUACCAGCUGAGAAAGUCACAGAGAAAAAAGAUCCAGAAAAUGGAAGUAAGAUGGACAUGGAUAACAAAAGAAAUUCGAAGACUCUUUUAGAUCAACAUGGACAGUACCCAACGUGGAUGAAUCCCAGGCAGAGGAAAAGGCUUAAGUCAAAGCGUGUCAAAGGAAAAAAUAAGAAUAAAGCACCUAAGGGACUAGCAUGGUAGACUUUUUCUAACUUCUAUUUUAAGAGGUAGAGGGGGAAAAGAUUUUAUAUAUAUAUGUCAGCCUGCCUCCCCCCAGUUGAAACCUGGAGAAUUAACCAGGAAAAAAUGUUUUAGUUUGCUGCUUUAGAAAUGUCAGUUUGGAACAGACUCCAGUUAAUAAAAUUCUUUGUAAUACACAUUGGAUGUGGACAAAUUGAACACAAUCUGAUUGUAAUCAUAGGGCUAAAUUCUUUGUUAGUCCUACCUAGAAAUCAGUGUACUUUAAGUUAUUUGUAACUAGAAUGUGCCAUUCAUUAAUUUAGCCCAUAGGAGAUAUAGUCCAGUCAAAGGUAAUGAUGAAAAUACUUUUGAAAAUAAUAGAACUCAUGUGCGCAGUCAAAUGUUUUAAGUCUCAUUGAUUUCAACUUCCAGACAGGUAGCCAUAUUAGUCUGUUGCAGAAAAAACAAGAAUGGGAGAUCUAAAGAAAUUUGUUAUGGUUUAUUUUGUGGACUGACUGCAGUCUAUGACUGCUCAUACCAUAAUAAAUUUGUGAGUCUUUAAAA